AUUGUCAGUUAAGGUCGGUGCAAAGUGUGGUUCCUCAAACACGUAUUGCUCAAACGUUUAUUGUGGCUACAGCAUGAAUAUAGGCAAUUCAAUGCAUUUAUGCGUGAGAUUUUGGACAGACUCUGAAUACGUGUGAGUCGCACGCCGAAUGCGCGAUCCUUAGUAGGUCUGACAGUGGGUAUUGUGUUUAAUCAUCAGUCGUGAUAUGUUCUAUUUUUAUAUUGUUCUCCAUAAUGUAUUGUGUUGAUACUUAGAACAAGGUAAGUUACCUGAUAGUAUCUGCUGCCAUUGUAUUCCCAAGGCUGUCAGUAUGGGCCUCAAUAGAUGAUUGGUGUUUAUAACGUCACGUUUGCUACAUAGUGCAUGCUUAUUAACUGCUAUCUGAGAUCGGUCGAAACAUUGAUUGAUUAAAACCAGUCAUAAUCCAACAAUUCAGCCUCUUGGACCCAGGACCCCAGAAUGGAAAGCUGUAAAUUGACCUGUAAAAUGAUGACCGGACUACUGGGUCUCCUUGUUUUGGUACCCCACGAUGCCGCUGUGUCUUCCGAUGUAUGUCUGGACGACGUUUGCUACUUUAACUUAAAGGUACGACACCACCGAACAAUGACGUUCACAGAUUCGCAUGGAAGAUCGUCUCCAGUGUCUCUGGAAGAUAAUGGCAAUUUAAGACUCAUUAGUACUUGGUCGUAUACAUCUGGCUCUACUCCGAAUGGAUCUCUCGUACAGCCGGAUGACGUCAUAUCUGGAGACGGUGUGGUUCGUCGAAUAAUUGUUAUAAAUAAUGAAUUUCCAGGGCCGACACUGGAAGUCAUGGAAGGAGCCAAGGUUGUGGUUAGAGUCACCAAUUUGAUGACGUCAGAGGUGUUGUCCAUCCACUGGCACGGGCUUUAUAUGACAAACAACGUUUGGGCCGACGGAUCAGCUUAUAUCACACAAUGUCCGAUACUGCCCCGGCAAAGUUUUCUCUAUGAGUUCACUGCUGAACCUGCUGGAACACAUUGGUACCACGGUCACGUUACAACCCAAUUGGCAGAUGGAUGUUACGGAGCAAUUGUUAUCCACAAGCAGCCCCCGAGCACGCCAUCACGAGUAAUAAUGGUGGCAAAUUGGUUUCAUGAAGAUUACAUCGCCUAUGAUAUACAAAGCCCAUACCGUCAAGGCUGGAAAGGGGUUGGGGAAGUCGUCAUAGAAGCAUCCCAGCGCGAUUACUCUCAUGAUGGGAUGGAAUUGAAUGCAUUGAAAUACGUAUCAGCCCUUAUCAAUGGUAAGGGAAGGUUUAAAAACAAUGCUCCGUUGACAGUGUUUAGAGUUUCUGAAGAUGAUUUUAAGUUCCAUAUCAUAAAUACUGGAGGAGAAUUUGCAUUCAGGAUAUCAAUCGAUUGCCAUCGUUUGAUGGUGGUAGCUUCUGAUGGUUUUGACGUCACGCCUUCUAACUUCCAAUCAAUUAUCGUCUACCCUGGAGAGUCUUACGACGUUUUGCUAUUGCGCCAGACAAAGAGAUCCUGUGGCUGUCGCCUGCCAAAUUACUGGCUGCGAGCAGAGACACUGCGUUGGAAAAAAGGACAGGGAGGGAUCAAAGAUGAAAACGAAGUAAGAGCAAUCAUUAGAUACGGGAAUAGUAGCUCUGGCUCUCCAACUUCAAUCAAAGAAAACUGCAAGACAAGCAAACGUAAAUGUAAGGUGUUGAAUUGCCCAUUUGGAGGUUACCCUGUGCACGAGAAUACAGAGUGUUUUAGUGUUGCCGAUUUGAAAGCAAAAACAGACGAACAACUUUCUGAUUUGUUGAAUCGUCAUACAGACGAGGAAAUGUUCUUAAAUGUCGGCUUCAACGUCGGCUCGUCGAUCAACUGCAGAGUAUUCGAAAAUCCAAGGGCGCCAUUUUACCCGUAUGAUUCUAGGAAUUAUGAUAAAUGUGACGAGAACGCAUGCAACAAAGACAACUACUGCAUGUGCACCAAUAUCAUCAACCUUCCAUACAAUGUGACAGUUCAACUGGUUGUCACUGACUACAGUUUUAAACCCUGGUCCCAGUCACAUCACCCAUUUCAUCUGCAUGGCUAUUCAUUUGCUGUAGUGAAGAUGGGGUUUCCCUCGUAUAACAAAACAUCUGGACAGAUGGAGUCUCCAAACGAUGAUGUAGACUGCCUGACAAGGGACUGUUGUCAGACCCACUGGAGCAAUGGAACGACUCCUAAAUUAAAUUUACGAAACCCACCAAUGAAAAACACUCUAGUCAUUCCGUCUGGAGGAUAUGCAGUCAUUCGUUUUCGCACAACUAAUCCGGGUUGGUGGCUAUUCCAUUGCCAUCAUUCUUCACACUUUAUGGAAGGAAUGAGUUUACUCUUCUCUGUGUCACCUGAAAAUCUAAAAGAUCCGUCUGGAAACUUCAACAUAUGCCCAGAUUUCUGAGGAAAGUUUUGAGCAAGACUAUUUCUUUGCUCUCAUAUGUACGGUAUACAGUUAAGUUACGGGUAAUUUAAUUUAUCCAUGGUUAUAAUGCUUAAGGUACAGCAUAGAGAAAAUAUUUUCUCUGUGGGUACAGUAUAUCGUUUACAGCAAAAUCCUAUUUAAAAUAUUAAAAAAAUAAGUUAGACACUAAAAGACCCCUAUUUUUUUUAUAGUAAUUACCAAAGAUAAAUCUGUAAAUGGUUUAACAGCUAAUUGAGUCUGUAUAAAAAAUACCACUAAAAACUGAUGCAAAUUAAUAAAAAGUUUGAUUCAUUUUUUAGCUUAAGACAGACAGGUUAUCUUGAAGUACUGGAAAAGCAUAUAUUCCAGUAGACAUCUACCAACUACCAACAAAACACUUUCUCGGGGAAUAUUCCCUGCACACCCUAGGCAACAGGGUUUAUGCUUAUCCUAACAUAGCACAGCCAAUAGCUAGUCAUACUAUAUGAUGCUCAAUUUUCCCCUUUUAUCCACAACUAAAACUGUAUAUAUACUUGUAGUGUGGCAGAAAUUCUGUGUAUAUAAAGGCUCCCCGAUUCAACCGACCAAUCAAUAUCACCGAAUGCUGUCAGCGAUAGCAUUUAGCGAUUAUUGUAUGGAAGCCAUGCUAAAUUUGCCAUUUUUUUUUGCUAUCUACGAUAUGAUAUUGUUCAUAACAUUUUCUGAAUGUUAAAUAUAAACAAAUAGAGAAAACAAAA